AUGCUCUCGCCACUGAGCGUGAUAUCCGCUCUAUCCGCUGUUGUUCUAGUCGUCUGGUUCCAGUCGCAGAUCGCAUGGAGAACGCGUACUCGAGGCCGACCACUUCCCCCAGGACCUCACGGGCUACCCGUGAUUGGCAACCUCUUCAACUCGCCCACGAAGAGAUUAUGGAUCGCUUAUGAAGAGCUUAGCGCAAGAUACGGUGACAUCUUUCAUUUCCGCACCUUUGGCCAGUCCACGGUAGUGCUCGCGAGUCCGGAUGUCAUCAACGAAUUCCUCGACAAGCGUUCGAUCGAAACAUCGGACCGCAGGCAGACUGCGCUCAUGAAAUUGCUCGGACUCGACAUCAGCAUGUCGUUCAUGCGGUACGGCGCACGAUGGCGACUAUAUCGCCGCACGUUUGCGCCGCGCUUCCAUCCGGAUAAGCUCGUACAGCACCAGCCCAAGCAGCUUGCGACUGCGUACUCGUUUCUCAGACGUCUGCUGGACACCCCGGCUGAGCUUGACGAGCACAUCAGAUACACAUUCGCUGCGACUGUGCUGAAGGUGCUUUACGGCAUAGACCCCGAAGAGAAGGACGACCCCCUCAUUGCCGCCGUCGAGAGUACCAUGGAGGGCAUCGGACAAGGCCUGGUCCCUGGAAAGUUUAUGGUGGAGCACAUCCCCGUCCUGCGACACGUCCCGGCGUGGUUCCCGGGGGCAGGUUGGCAGAACGCGUUCCGCGAGUGGCGCGCCGCGCGGGACGUAAUGACCAAUACUCCGUUCGAGCGCAGUAUGGCGGCUUUCGUGAGUUUCACAGCUCUCGAUGAGACUAACGAGCAUCGAACUGACCUGGUUUCCGGCGAUCAAAGGACACUCCGCCAGAACGUGGCCUCGAUCGCGUUUGAGGCCGCGUUCCUAGCGCUCUCCCUUGCCCCUGAUGUGGUCAAGAAGGCACACACAGAGCUUGACGCAGUCGUCGGUCCCAACCGCCUGCCGAACUUUGGCGACCGCGACGCGCUGGUGUACGUGAACGCGAUCGCCCUCGAGGCACUCCGAUGGCACACCGUCGUUCCCAUCGGAGUGCCGCAUUGUACGAUCGCGGACACGGAGCUUCGCGGGUACUUCAUUCCCGCCGGGACCGCCGUAAUUGCGAACAUAUGGUGUGUCUUGCAUGCACGACCCCGACGUUUUCCGGAUCCUUAUGUUUUUCGGCCGGAGAGGUUCAUCAGAGAAGGGAAGCUCGAUGUGGGCGAUCGCGAUCCACGGCAUUCGUGUUUGUAUCCCUCUGUUGUCAGGAUAUGCCCCGGCCGUCACUUCGCGCAGGCUGGGCUUUUCUUGAACUUUGCAUGUGUGCUACAUGUGUUCGAUAUCUCGCCCCCUGUGGACGAGCACGGAAACGAGAUCAAAAUCGAGCCGGCGGUGACUGACGGCUUUCUCUCCUAUCCGGAAGACUCUCGCUGUACCAUCAAAGUGCGUUCACCAGCCGCCGAGGCUCUGAUUCUCGAACACACGGGGUGCCAUGGGCGCAGUUAA